AUGGAUCUGGCCCAGAAGGUUCUGCUCCCUCCAGGAGGGCUGAGUCUAAAGUGGACCCGGGUUCACCCCAUUGGCGCAGGCCUCCAGAACAUGGGGAACACCUGCUUCCUAAACUCAGCCCUGCAGUGUCUCACCCACACCGCACCUCUGGCCAACUACUUGUUGACACGUCAGCACUCCAAAAAGUGUGUUGAAACAGAGUUCUGCAUGAUGUGCACAAUGGAAAACCACGUCAUUGCUGUGUUUGAGAGCUCUGGGGACGUUGUUCGUCCCAUAGAUAUUGUCAGCAAGAUUACAAGUAUUGCUGAUCAUUUCCUGUGUGGACGCCAGGAGGAUGCUCACGAGUUCCUGCAGCACACGCUGAACGCCAUGCACAGAUCCUGUGUGUCCAACACGUGA